CUCUUGUGGCUCUAUUUAGAGAAACGGCAUCAUUGCUUUUCACACUUUCAGUAUUCGCAGGCUCUCACUGUGCACAGAAAUGGACAACGCUGCUCAAGGUGGUAAAGCAUACGGUCUUCUCAAGUCUCAACAGGAGGAAAAACUGAACUCUAUCAAUGAGGCUUUUCUCUCAGAUCCCCAGUAUGCAGAAGAGGAAGACCUAAGCUCAAAGCUUGAAAUGUUUAAAAAGCAAUACAUGGAGUUUGAUCUUAACGACAAAGGAGACAUAGAUUUAAUGGGGUUAAAACGAAUGCUGGAAAAACUCGGAGUGGCCAAGACUCACUUAGAGCUGAAGAAGAUGAUGUCAGAGGUCGCCGGAGGAACAUCGAAAGACACUAUCAGCUACAGUGACUUCCUGAAUAUGAUGCUGGGAAAAAGAAAUGCAAUUCUGAAACUGAUCUUGAUGUUUGAAGGCAAGGGAAAGGAGCAGGAGCCCAUAGAUGUUGGUCCACCUCGUCGCAAAACCUUUUCAGACCUGCCCUGAAGGAGCUCUCCAUCCCAGCAGGGAAUGACAUUUUGUUUUCCUAAAUGCUGUAAAAGUCAUGUCAAUAGGGGAAAAAAACAUAUUGUACAAUGUAUGUAAUUUUUGCAUGCAUUUUUUUUUAUAAAGUAUUGAAAUCUACAUUUAA